UUAGUUACAGCUGCUAGCUGUUGUCUUGCAUACAACACAAGACACCGAAUAAAACAUAAGUACUGACUUUAACAGUUAUUGCAUGCAGUAUAAUAAUAAAGAAAAGAAGCUAGGGUGUUUGGUGCAUGAGAAAGAGGUUAAUUCAUGAUGUUGGCAGAAGCCCUCUGGUGGCACUCUCACACAAACACACACGGGUCUGGUUAUGACCUUUUACUUUCUUUCUUCUGAGUCGCAGCUUCCUGCUACAACACCGUUUCACCUUUCACCUUUCACUAACCACUUUUCUUCUCUUUUCUCACAUAUCUCAGACCCCUUCUGAGCCAUGAAGCAAAAACCGCCAUCUUCACCAACCACUGCGUUGAAGAAGCAAAGUGACAAGUCCCUGCAGAGUCCACCACCGCCGCCACCACGCCUCAGGGCUUCUUCCAAGGCUCCAAAGUCACCGCCAGUGCCCCCAGAGUUGAAGAGCGUGUCAAGGGCCAAAAGGGGUGUUGUGAAUGUUGGGUCUCAGAAGGUUGAAGAGGCUAAGGUGGUUGUUGUUGCUAGGCCUCGGCGAAGGGUUGGGGAUUGCGGUUUGAGGAAGAGUGAAGAAGAUGAUAAGCAGAAGAAGGAGUUGGAGGAGAAGCUUGAGGUGAGUGAGAAUUUCAUCAAGAGUUUGCGGUCUGAGGUUGCGGAAUUGAGGGAGGAAUUGGAUAGAGUUAAGAGAUUGAAUGUGGAGCUUGAGUCUCACAACACAAAACUCACUCGGGAUCUUGCUGCUGCUCAAGCUAAGAUUCCAACUGUUGGCACCGGCAACAAUGGAAAGAAGGAGCCAAUUGGAGGACACCAGAGUCCCAAAUUUAAAGACAUACAGAAACUCAUUGCUCACAAAUUGGAACAGUCUAUGGUGAAAAAGGAAGGUACUCCUGAAGUAAUUUUUUCUAAAGCAUCAACCCCAGCUCCAACACCAAGUUAUCAUGCCAUUCCUGAAACCACAAGCAUAGGAAUAAAAUCUCCACACAAUACAUGCUUGCAACCACCACCGCUGUCACCACCAAUAACAAGUGUAGGAAGAAAAUCUCCACCCAACACAUGCCUUCAGCCACCUCCACCACCCCCGCCACCACCACCAAUUCCGUCCCGGCCUUUGGCAAAAUUAGCUAACACCCAAAAGGCCCCUGCCAUUGUUGAAGUAUUUCAAUCCUUAAAGAGUAGAGAUGGGAAGAUGGACUCAAAAGGAUCGGUGAAUCAUCAGAGACCAGUAGCUAUUAGUGCACACAGUAGCAUUGUGGGAGAAAUUCAAAACCGUUCAGCUCAUCUUUUAGCAAUAAGGACAGACAUUGAAACAAAAGGAGAGUUCAUUAAUGAGCUCAUAAAGAAAGUAGUAGAUGCAGCAUUCCAGGAUAUUGAAGAGGUCCUAAAGUUUGUGAAUUGGCUUGAUGGCAAACUAUCAUCACUGGCUGAUGAACGCGCUGUCUUAAAGCAUUUUAAGUGGCCUGAGAAGAAAGCUGAUGCAAUGCGAGAGGCAGCAGUCGAGUAUCAUGAGCUUAAAAUCCUAGAACAGGAGAUUUCUUCCUACAAGGAUGACCCUGACAUUCCAUGUGGAGCUGCCUUAAAAAAGAUGGCCAGCCUAUUGGACAAGUCUGAGAGGAGCAUACAGAGGCUAAUCAAGCUAAGAAAUUUGGUCAUACAUUCAUAUCAAGUGUACAACAUUCCAACUGCAUGGAUGCUUGAUUCUGGAAUAACGAGCAAGAUAAAACAGGCUUCCAUGACUCUGGUCAACAUGUACAUGAAAAGAGUGACAAUGGAGCUUGAAUCCAUUCAGAAUUCAGACAGAGAAUCAAUUCAAGAUUCUCUUCUGCUUCAGGGCGUGCGUUUUGCAUAUAGGGCUCAUCAGUUUGUUGGAGGAUUGGACUCAGAAACAAUGUGUGCUUUUGAAGAGAUAAGGCAACGUGUACCAGGACACCUAGCAGGGUCUCGAGAACUUUUGGCUGGCAUACCAUAAUCAUGAGAAGCCACUGAUUUUUUAUGCUACUACUAAUGGUUACAAAAGCUGGCUAUUAAACAUUCAUUAUUCUUUCUCUUAUCUCCAAUGUCAAUGCAUGCUAGCCACUGUGAACCCCUCUGAAGAAAUUUGGAAGAACAUGAAGAGAUUCUGAAGAAAAAACACUUGAUAGUAAUAUAUCAUAACCUAGGAAUAGAAUCUUCAGUUCGGUUUAAUGUAAUUUCAACAGUGAAUUUAGUUAGGUGGUUCCCUCUACUGUAGUGCUGUAACAAAGAACAUGAUGAAGAGAGAACUUUGGCGUUUGUAGGUAGUGCAUGUGAUUAAUGAUUACCCGGUUACUUUAAAAAUUUAACAAUCAUGUUCAAUGUGUAGAGCUUGGGAAAACAUUUUGAAUCGAUUCCUACCGUGUUCUUUAGGGAAUUCGGUUCUUUAUUCAA